AUGGAUCUCGCCCACCAGGUGCUGCCUUCCCAAAGUAUCCGGCAGCCGCUGCGAGAGUCUACUGGCAAUGCUCAGCAUCAGAGCCUGGGCUCGCUAGACCUCUGCUCACAAGGCCUCACUGGCAUCCCUACACUCCCUUCAUCAAUCCCAACACCUCCCAUCGUCCCUACACAGUCACUCGGCUCUCCUUAUGGCUCGGCCGCCUCAGGGCUCAGGCUGCGCCGGCAGCAGCUCCGCGUCCAGAAGAGGAGCAGGCGUGGCGUCAACCCCAUCUAUCUCUCUCCCGAGUUCAAGCAGUAUAGACUCAGGCAGGCAGAGAAGGAUGCACAGAUCUGGCCUGAUGUGCUGGAAGAAGCUUUCUUGGAUGCUCUCCUUCUAGUCCCUCACAUGGGUCGUCGCAAGUUCUCUAUGCGUGACCGGGAGACCGGUUCCAUGCAAUUGUUCGGGCGUAACAUGCUCAUCAGUGAGUAUCUGUGGAUUGCUUACUGCAACUCCCUGCCUCCUGGUGCAACACCGGAGAAAGAGAAAAUGUGGAGGCACCGCAAGCAGGUCUCAUCUCACAUUCAGGUGCUUAAGGGCUUCUUCCUGCACCAUCGAUGCUAUCACUUCUUUUUUGGAAAGGAAGAGAAGGAAAACGCCAAGCCGAGCAAGGACAAGAUCGGUGCGGAGUCCUUCAAGACUAACCCAGUCCUAGUGGCUCUAUCGCAGGGCCGGCUCCCUGAGGUGCGGCCUAACUACGACUAUUUGGCUCAGCUCCUUGCUUCAGACUCCCUUGUCACUGUCAGGCCUAAAACCUGCUGGAUUUAUGUGUUCAACAAGAAGAUCAGAGAUGAUGUUGAAGGCCUCUCAGAGUCAAAGACCUACCAUGAGACCGAAGGAGUGCUCGAUAAGGCCGACUUCCCUCACCGAUACAAGUUCCUGUCCGGAGUGGAGAACUGGGCCGGGCGGGAGAAGGAUGAUCGCUCCAUCCGCGGCACGCUACUGCAUGAAUACACGUGGAACAUGAAGCAGGUGGAGUCGUCCUGUGUCCGUGAUGUCUCCCAGGACUGGGAGCGAGAUUUCCCCAAGCUCAAUGAGCUGCUCGAGACGGCCAGCCAGGACACCCGCUGCGACAUUCUGCACAUGCACGUCAGGCUUGACCUGCAUACCGUUGCCCGACUUCCGGAAGCCAGCGGUCUCAGCUGCCUCGUCAAGAUCACAAUUGCCCAGCCGGCCCUCCAAGGUCACCGCUGGCGAGUACUUACACGGCUCGCCCGACCGCCUGAGCUGUGCAAUGCAGGAGAGCCUGCGCUGCUCACGACUGGUACUGACAUUGGUGAGAUCUUCCAGCACAAGCCGGGCUGUGAUGACGAGAACCCGAACUGCGACUGUCGCCACGAUCCCAGCCGCCGCCGUGGAGAUGCCUGCCGUAUUCCUUUCCCGGCACACGAGUGGGCGAGCACACUGGCGCUCUUCGCUCACUACCCGGCGUACCCGGCUCCGCAGGGCAGCCGGUCGAAGCGGGCCAUCAAGCGUGAAGACGAGGAUGGCGCGAGCGGUGAUGAAGUGACGCAGAUGGAGCUUGUGAAGCAGAUUGCCAUGUUCCAGGAGCUGUGGUCUUGCCCUCCUGGCGCAACCGGAAACGACCGCCAGGGGUGGACACGACGAGCGGUCCUGCUUUGGACGUUUGAGACAACGCACGCUUGGAAGGAUGGAAAGCACGAUGAGGUUGUUGUGCAAAGCCCAGGCACUGACUGGCGCUUCUUGACAGCCGUUGACCCCCAGAGCCCUAGCCACUUGCAGCAGAUGAUUGUCAGCCCAACAUCGAACCCUCUGUCAAGAGACAAUGUGAUGUCGCCAACGCCGGAUUACCACCAGCAUCUGAGCGCUGCUAUGAGCGAGAAUCUCAACUCAGCGUGGGACUCUGCCUGGGCAGGCGGCGAUGGCUCUCACCACCCAACGACUGUUGGUCCCUAUGGUCACUCCAUCAGUGUCUUGGACUCCUACCACAACGGACUCGCAACACCACCACCAACCGCAGCGCUGAGGUCCUCGUACGGAACUGACACGACGAGCUACGAUGUGAACGGCGUCGGUGUCCACGGCCACCACGACCUCGAGAACCAGGAACUCAACUACCUCGCCGCCACGGGUGCGGGCAGCCGGGCGUCGAUCAUGGCCGAAAGCAGCUCCGUCGGCACCGACACUUACCUCUCCGCGGCGCCGGGGACGAUCGGCGUGUACGACGACGUGCAAGCCUGGGACGGCAUGAACCUCGGCGACAUGUCCCAGCAGAGCUGGGCCGGCGGGUACGCGCAGCAGCCGAGCGCCACGCUCGACUGGCACCACGGGCUCGCUCCGGGGGGAGGAGACGACAGCCAGGAGGCGAAGGCGCCGCCGGCGCACAUGGAGCAGUGGGCGGGCCCGUCGACGACGCCCAGCCCGGGUGGCAGCCAGCAUCAUCACCAUUCGCAACAACAACAGCAACAACAACAGCAGCAGCAACAGCAGCAGCAGGCCUGGAACCAGCAGCAGAGCUGGAUGCCGCCGCCACCGCCGAGCCAGCAUUCGACGGGCGGCAACGGCGGCUGGGACGAGAACAGCAUGCCUCCGGGCCCGUCGGGUCUCAGCCCGCUCACCAACAACAGGAAGAGGCGAGCGGAUGCCAUUGAGGACGCGGAGAACUACCCGCUCACGGCGGUCCCGAAGUUGGGGCCGUCCUGGGACCGGUAUUCAUACCCCGGCCGCCCGCCGCUGGUCAGACAGGGGAGGACGCAGUAG